AUGAGUUCAGAUGCAGAGAUGGCAAUCUUUGGAGAAGCUGCUCCCUACUUACGGAAGUCGGAGAAGGAGAGAAUUGAAGCCCAGAAUCGCCCAUUUGAUGCAAAGGCAGCCUGCUUUGUAGUGGAUGAAAAGCAAAUGUAUGUGAAAGGUAGCAUACAGAGUAGAGAAGGUGGCAAAGUCACAGUUAAAACAUAUGAUGAUACAACUGUAACUGUAAAGGAUGAUGAGGUCUUUCCCAUGAACCCUCCCAAAUUUGAUAAAAUCGAGGACAUGGCCAUGAUGACCCACCUCCAUGAACCCGCUGUGCUGUACAACCUCAAAGAGCGUUAUGCAGCCUGGAUGAUCUACACCUACUCGGGUCUCUUCUGCGUCACUGUCAACCCCUACAAGUGGCUGCCGGUGUACAACCCGGAGGUGGUGGCUGGCUACCGAGGCAAGAAGCGCCAGGAGGCCCCUCCACACAUCUUCUCCAUCUCUGACAACGCCUAUCAGUCCAUGCUGACUGAUCGUAACAAUCAGUCAAUCCUUAUCACUGGAGAAUCUGGUGCAGGGAAGACUGUCAAUACAAAGCGUGUCAUCCAGUACUUUGCAACAAUUGCAGUUACUGGUGAGAAGAAAGACCAACAGCCUGGCAAAAUGCAGGGAACGCUGGAGGAUCAGAUCAUCCAGGCCAACCCACUGCUGGAGGCCUUUGGCAAUGCCAAGACUGUGAGGAAUGACAACUCCUCACGCUUUGGAAAAUUCAUCCGGAUUCACUUUGGAACAACUGGCAAGCUGGCCUCUGCGGAUAUCGAAACCUAUCUUCUGGAGAAAUCCAGAGUGACUUUCCAGCUGGCCAGUGAAAGGAGCUAUCAUAUUUUUUACCAGAUAAUGUCCAACAAGAAGCCAGAGCUCAUUGAUCUCCUCCUUAUCUCCACCAACCCCUACGACUUCCUUUAUGUGAGCCAAGGAGAAAUCACUGUUGCCAGUAUCGAUGACAGCGAGGAGCUGCUGGCGACCGAUAGUGCUGCGGACAUCCUGGGCUUCAGCCCUGAUGAGAAGGUGGGGAUGUACAAGCUGACAGGGGCUGUCAUGCACUACGGGAACAUGAAGUUCAAGCAGAAGCAGCGGGAGGAUCAGGCGGAGCCAGAUGGCACAGAAGUGGCUGACAAAGCUGGCUACCUGAUGGGUCUGAAUUCUGCUGAUUUGCUCAAGGCUUUAUGCUAUCCCAGGGUGAAAGUUGGGAAUGAAUAUGUAACUAAAGGACAAAAUGUCCAACAGGUAUACAAUUCAGUGGGUGCAUUGGCUAAAUCAGUCUAUGAGAAGAUGUUCCUGUGGAUGGUUACUCGAAUCAACCAACAGCUGGAUACAAAGCAACCCAGACAGCAUUUCAUUGGUGUCUUGGACAUUGCUGGCUUUGAAAUUUUUGAUUUCAACAGCUUGGAGCAGCUGUGCAUCAACUUCACCAAUGAGAAACUGCAACAGUUCUUCAACCACCACAUGUUCGUGCUGGAGCAGGAGGAGUACAAGAAGGAAGGAAUUGAAUGGGAGUUCAUUGACUUUGGGAUGGACCUGGCUGCCUGCAUUGAGCUCAUUGAGAAGCCCAUGGGCAUCUUCUCCAUCCUGGAAGAGGAGUGCAUGUUCCCCAAGGCAACUGACACCUCUUUCAAGAACAAGCUCUAUGAUCAGCAUCUGGGCAAGUCCAACAAUUUCCAGAAGCCCAAGCCUGUCAAAGGCAAGGCUGAGGCUCACUUCUCCCUGGUGCAUUACGCUGGCACAGUGGAUUACAACAUCACCGGGUGGCUUGACAAGAACAAGGAUCCCUUGAAUGAAACUGUUGUGGGACUGUACCAGAAAUCAUCCUUGAAGCUGCUGUCCUUCCUUUUCUCUAACUAUGCUGGUGCAGAAACAAGUGACAGCGGUGGUGGCAAGAAAGGUGCUAAGAAGAAGGGGGGCUCUUUCCAGACAGUGUCUGCCGUGUUCAGGGAAAAUCUGAACAAGUUGAUGACUAACCUGAGAAGUACCCAUCCUCACUUUGUGCGUUGCCUGAUUCCUAAUGAGACCAAGACACCUGGUGAAAUGGACCAUUACUUGGUGAUGCAUCAGCUGAGGUGCAAUGGGGUUCUAGAAGGCAUCCGAAUUUGCAGGAAGGGGUUUCCAAGCAGAAUCCUUUAUGCGGACUUUAAGCAACGGUACAAGAUUCUUAAUGCCUCAGCCAUUCCAGAAGGCCAAUUCAUUGACAGCAAAAAGGCUUCAGAAAAGCUUCUUUCCUCCAUUGAUGUUGACCACAACCAAUACAGAUUUGGCCACACCAAGGUGUUCUUCAAGGCAGGUCUCCUGGGACUCCUAGAAGAGAUGCGAGAUGAGAAACUUGUGAGCCUUAUCACUCAUAUGCAAGCUAUGUGCAGAGGGUUCCUCAUGCGAGCUGAAUUCAAAAAGAUGAAUGCAAGAAGAGAAUCCAUUUAUAUAAUCCAAUACAACGUUAGAGCAUUCAUGAAUGUCAAGCACUGGCCCUGGAUGAAGCUGUUCUUCAAGAUCAAGCCCUUGCUGAAGAGCGCCGAAUCUGAGAAGGAGAUGGCCAACAUGAAGGGGGAGUUUGAGAAAACCAAGGAAGAGCUUGCAAAGUCUGAGGCAAAGAGGAAGGAGCUGGAGGAGAAAAUGGUGACCCUGUUGCAAGAGAAAAAUGACCUGCAGCUUCAGGUUCAAUCUGAGAGUGAAAAUCUAGCUGAUGCCGAAGAGAGAUGUGAAGGACUCAUCAAAAGUAAAAUCCAGCUGGAAGCUAAAAUUAAAGAACUAAAUGAAAGAAUUGAAGAUGAAGAGGAGAUGAACGCUGAACUAACAGCAAAGAAGAGGAAACUUGAAGAUGAGUGCUCUGAGCUGAAGAAAGAUAUUGAUGAUCUUGAGCUGACUCUGGCCAAAGUGGAAAAGGAGAAGCAUGCAACAGAGAAUAAGGUUAAGAAUCUUACUGAAGAGAUGGCAGCUCUGGAUGAAAAUAUUUCUAAACUCACUAAGGAGAAAAAGGCCCUCCAGGAAGCCCACCAGCAGACACUGGAUGACUUGCAAGUGGAGGAAGACAAAGUCAGCACACUCACCAAAACCAAGACCAAACUGGAGCAGCAAGUGGAUGAUCUCGAAGGAUCUCUGGAACAAGAGAAGAAACUACGAAUGGACCUUGAGAGAGCAAAGAGAAAACUGGAGGGAGAUCUCAAAAUGUCUCAGGAUUCCAUCAUGGAUCUGGAAAACGAUAAGCAACAGAUGGAUGACAGGCUAAAAAAAAAGGAUUUUGAAAUUAGCCAGUUGCAAAGUAAAAUUGAAGAUGAGCAGGCUCAAAGUUCUCAGCUGCAAAAGAAAAUUAAGGAGCUUCAGGCUCGAAUAGAGGAACGGGAGAAGGAAAUUGAGGCUGAACGUGCAAUCCGUGCAAAGACGGAAAAGCAUCGUGCCGACCUCUCGAGGGAGCUGGAGGAGAUCAGCGAGCGCCUGGAAGAAGCAGGAGGAGCUACUGCAGCUCAGAUUGAGAUGAACAAGAAGCGUGAGGCAGAAUUUCAGAAGAUGCGUCGCGACCUCGAAGAGGCCACGCUGCAGCACGAAGCCACGGCUGCCGCCCUGCGGAAGAAGCACGCGGACAGCACGGCCGAGCUCGGGGAGCAGAUCGACAACCUGCAGCGAGUGAAGCAGAAGCUGGAGAAGGAGAAGAGUGAGCUGAAGAUGGAGAUCGAUGACUUGGCCAGUAACAUGGAGUCUGUCUCCAAAGCCAAGGCAAAUCUGGAGAAGAUGUGCCGCACGCUGGAAGACCAGCUGAGUGAGAUUAAGACAAAGGAAGAAGAGCAUCAGCGCAUGAUCAACGACCUCAGUGCUCAAAGAGCUCGUUUGCAGACAGAAUCGGGUGAAUAUUCACGGCAGGUGGAGGAGAAAGAUGCUCUGAUUUCUCAGCUGUCAAGAGGCAAGCAGGCUUUCACCCAACAGAUUGAGGAACUCAAGAGGCACUUAGAGGAAGAGAUAAAGGCCAAGAACGCCCUGGCCCACGCCUUGCAGUCUGCUCGCCACGACUGUGACUUGCUCCGGGAACAAUAUGAGGAGGAGCAGGAGGCCAAGGGGGAGCUGCAGCGUGCCCUGUCCAAGGCCAACAGCGAAGUGGCCCAGUGGAGAACCAAAUACGAGACGGACGCUAUUCAGCGCACGGAGGAGCUGGAGGAGGCCAAAAAGAAGCUUGCUCAGCGCCUCCAGCAGUCAGAGGAGCAGAUUGAGGCUGUCAACUCAAAGUGUGCAUCACUGGAGAAGACAAAGCAGAGGCUGCAGGGGGAAGUGGAUGACCUCAUGAUUGACGUGGAGAGGUCAAAUGCAGCCUGUGCAGCAUUUGAUAAAAAGCAGAAGGAUUUUGACAAGGUCCUUGCUGAAUGGAAGCAGAAGUACCAGGAGAGUCAGGCUGACUUGGAAGCUGCCCAGAAGGAGUCUCGCUCUCUCAGCACUGAGAUCUUCCGGAUGAAGAAUGCCUAUGAAGAAAUGCUUGACCAGGCUGAGACUGUCAGGCGGGAAAAUAAGAACCUCCAGCAGGAAAUUUCUGAUCUGACUGAACAGAUUGCUGAAUGUGGAAAAGCUAAUCAUGGACUGGAGAAAGCAAAGAAGCAAAUUGAACAAGAAAAGUGUGACCUUCAAGCAGCAUUAGAAGAAGCAGAGGGCUCUUUAGAACAUGAAGAGGGAAAAAUCUUACGUGUUCAGCUGGAGCUGAACCAGGUGAAGUCAGAUGUUGACAGAAGGAGUGCAGAGAAAGAUGAGGAAAUUCAACAGCUGAAGAGGAAUCACCAGAGGGUAUUAGAGUCUCUGCAGACUACACUGGAUGCUGAGAUAAGAAGCCGAAAUGAUGCUUUGAGGAUGAAAAAGAAGAUGGAGGGAGAUCUGAAUGACAUGGAAAUACAGCUGAGCCAUGCUAACUGUCAGAUAGCAGAGACACAGAAGCACCUCAAAGCUGUGCAAGGGCAACUCAAGGAUUCCCAGCUCCAUUUGGAUGAUGCCUUGAGAGAGAAUGAUGAUCUGAAGGAGCAGCUUGCUAUGGUAGAGCGUAGGAACAAUCUGAUGACAGCAGAAAUGGAGGAGAUGCGAGCUGCUAUGGAGCAGACAGAGCGAGCACGGAAAGUUUCCGAGCAGGAGCUGACAGAUGCCAGUGAGCGAGUGCAGCUUCUCCACUCACAGAACACAAGUCUCCUCAACACCAAGAAGAGACUGGAAGUGGAUAUUACUCAUUUACAGAAUGAAGUUGAAGACAGCAUUCAGGAAUCCAGAAAUGCAGAGGAGAAAGCAAAGAAAGCGAUCACAGAUGCAGCCAUGAUGGCAGAAGAGCUGAAGAAGGAGCAGGACACCAGCGCCCACCUGGAGAGGAUGAAGAGGAAUCUGGAACAGACAGUGAAGGACCUGCAGCUCCAUCUGGAUGAAGCUGAGCAGCUGGCUCUGAAGGGUGGAAAGAAGCAACUCCAGAAACUAGAGGCAAGGAUAAAUGAGCUAGAAAAUGAGCUUGAUGCUGAGCAGAAACGGGGAAUAGAGUCACUGAAAGGUGCACGCAAGUAUGAGCGAAGGCUGAAGGAGCUCACUUACCAGUCUGAAGAGGAUAAAAAAAAUAUUCUCCGGCUCCAGGAUCUGGUGGACAAGCUGCAGUUAAAAGUGAAAGCAUACAAGAAGCAGGCUGAGGAAGCUGAAGAACAGGCAAACGCUAACCUCUCACGAUGCCGCAAGACCCAGCACGAGCUGGAACAGGCUGAAGAACGAGCUGAUAUUGCUGAAUGCCAGGUUAACAAGUUGCGAGCCAAAAGUCGUGACAUUGGAGGACAGGUGAGUUUGAGUCCUGCAGAGAAGGACCCUUCUAGGCCACAAGAGAUCUGUCAAAACACCAACGCAGCCGCAGCUGCAUUCCUCCCACUCUGGUGCUGGAGUGGCCUCAUAAAGGAAGGCCAGAAAUUGGCACUUAUUCAAAACCAGUGA